GGGGGGGGAAAUUGAUGUAAGGCAUAUUAUUCAGCUUAUAUUCAAGGUUGCAAUCCCUAAUCCCCAAAUCCAUAAUUUAGCGGAUAACGGUUAACGGUAAUCCUCCACCACUAUCUCAAUGAAUCUACCGCCUCUUUACUCUCGACUGAAAUGAAUACAGCUUUCAAGCACUCCCCACAUCUACCGCAAUGCAGUCGCACUCCCUUUCUUGCACAUCCCUUUGUUGGUCAUACUCCAUUUCCACACCACCUACUACCCAUUUGACAAAAUUCUUCAAAGAACUUAGCGUUCAUCACGGCCCACCACUUCUUACUAUCCAGUCCUCGAAAUUGAGUUCUGACUUGGUACCAGUGGGCAUCCAGAGGCAACCAAAGAAGGAAUUAUCCCGGAUUCUCAGAACUGAUGCUGCUAUAGAGGCCAUAGAACGGAAAGCCAACUCGAAGAAGUAUAAUAAGCUUUGGCCUAGGGCUGUUUUGGAGGCUCUUGAUGACGCUAUUAAGGAGAACCGUUGGGAAUCUGCUCUUAAGAUUUUUGAGCUUCUCCGCAACCAGCACUGGUAUGAGCCAAGAUGCCGAACAUACACAAAGUUAUUGAUGAUGCUUGGAAAGUGCAGGCAACCUGAUGAGGCAAGCUUGCUUUUUGAGAUCAUGCAGUCUGAAGGCCUCCAACCCACUGUUGAUGCUUACACUGCUCUUGUAAGUGCUUAUGGAGAAAGUGGUCAGCUUGACAAGGCAUUUUCUAUUGUUGAUGAUAUGAAAUCCAUCUCUAACUGCAAGCCAGAUGUAUAUACAUAUUCUGCCCUUUUAAAUUUUUGCAGUAAACUCCACCGUUUUGAUCUGAUUGGAAGAAUUCUUGCCGAGAUGUCAUAUCUAGGAGUAGAAUGCAGCACUGUAACAUUUAACACUAUUAUCAAUGGAUAUGGUAAGGCUAAAAUGUUUGAAGAAAUGGAGAAUUCAUUGAUGGAUAUGAUUGAAAGCGACAGCUCCAGUCCAGAUAUUUUCACAUUUAAUUCUGUUAUUGGAGCCUAUGGGAAUAGUGGACAAAUAGAAAAGAUGGAGAAAUGGUAUAAUGAAUUUCAGUUAAUGGGAUUAAGCCCAGACGUAAAGACAUUUAAUAUCCUGAUAAGAUCAUACGGGAAAGCAGGCUUGUAUGAGAAGAUAAAGGCUGUUAUGAAAUUUAUGCAGAAAAGGUUCUUCUCUCCAACCGUUGUUACUUAUAACAUUAUUAUUGAGACAUUUGGAAGAGCUGGAGAUAUUGAGAAGAUGGAUGAAUACUUCAAAACAAUGAAGCAUCAAGGAAUGAAGCCUAAUGCUGUUACAUACUGUUCUCUUGUCAAUGCUUACAGCAAAGCUGGGCUUAUAAUGAAAGUUGAUUCAAUUUUGAGGCAAGUAGAGAACUCUGAUGUAGUAAUAGAUACUCCAUUCUUUAAUUGCAUCAUCAAUGCCUAUGGUCGGGCUGGUGAUAUUGAGAAGAUGGUUCAAUUAUUUCUGGCAAUGAAGGAAAGAGAAUGCAAGCCUGAUAGUAUCACUUUUGCAACCAUGAUCCAAGCAUAUAAUAGCCAUGGAAUGACUGAAGCUGCUCAAGAUUUGGAAAAGAAGAUUAUCAAGAUAAAGGAAAAUUCAGGUACAAGGAUGAUCGAAGCCUAGUACUUGGUUGUUAUGGAAAUAAUGGGAAAACAUCCUUCAGAAAUAGUCAAUUCAAAUUAAUGAGGGUGAGAUUGCUUCCUCAAUCAGCCUAUGGUUGACAAACAUGAUUCUUUUCACUGAGGAGUCAAUAGGCCGUUUGUUUCCAUGAUACUUCCAACGUUGGCUGAUCCAAUCUGCAUCUUUCAGUUCUGAGAAGCUGUAUCAAGUUCAUGUCUUUCAUAUGCUGAAAAGUUUUCAGAAUUCAAGCACUAGGAAGCUCACAAAGUCAGCCUGGUGAUAUAUGAGGGAAGUUUUCAUAUACUAGUAACACUACUAUGUGCUGCUAUGUACAAGCAAUGAAUGGAAAACUCUUUUGGUGUUAUCCAACUGGUACUUGUGUGAAAUGCGCGAAGUUCAACAUCUCUGGUAACCAGGUUUUGAUGUUUCCACCAUGAGUCACCUGGCUUCCGUCGACAAUAGGUAAUUAGGUACCUCUACUCAUUUUGUACAAAGAAUGCAAAAUAUGAGAGAAGUAUAGGCAAAAGAUGGGAUCUCAAUGCAGAAUGCAAUUACUAUAUUGAAUAUUAUUUCCCUUUCAGCAAAUAUGUGCAUAUCAUAUACUCUUGAAGAUUUCUGAGGCAGAAUAAAUUGUCUGGUUAAGAUUUGUUAGUUUGUCGAUGGAUGCUUGAUUGGCUCAAGUUCAUAUUUGAUGUAUCUUAAUAAUAUUAGUUGUGUUCAUUUCUUUCAUCAA